AUGGAGCCAAGGGGAUCCCACAUGCGGAGGAGGGAACGCCUGGGAGCGAAACCCAAGGAGCUGCAUCCCGGAGGAGGAGACACAGAGCUGCAGGGAUCCCCCGACUUGGAGCAAUGGACCCAAAAUAUGGAGGCUGUGAAGCAGCGAUUGCUGGAGCAAGCGGAGCCGCAGCUGCGGAAGCUGCUGGAUCGGGCCAUGUGGGAGGCUGUGCAGGCGUACGUGCUGCGUGACAAACCUCCGCCCGCUGCUGCCCCAGAUUCCCGGAGCAGGGACCGGCGGCCAUCGCCAGGGAAACGGAAAGUUUUCAUCACCCGCAAGUCCCUGAUUGACGAGCUGUUGGAGGUGCAGCAUGUCCGCACCGUCUACCACUUGUUCAUUGCUGGCCUGUGCUUCAUCAUCAGCAUCCUGGCCGUGGACUUCAUCGAUGAAGACAGGCUGAUGUUGGAGUUGGACCUUCUGAUCUUCAGCUUCGGACAAUUGCCCCUGGCGUUGGCGACCUGGGUCCCCAUGUUCCUGUCCACUUUGUUGGUGCCCUACCAGGCCCUGUGGCUGUGGGCGAGGCCCUGUGCCCUGGGGGCGGGCCUGGGCUGCACCUUGCUGGUUGCCCACGCAGUGCUGCUGUGCGCGCUCCCAGUGCACAUGGCCCUGCAGCACCAGCUGCCGCCUGCCUCCCGCUGCAUCCUGGUCUUCGAGCAGGUGAGGCUCCUGAUGAAGAGUUACUCCUUCCUGAGAGAAUCCAUGCCUGGAAUCCUUUCUGCCAGAGGAGGUGAGGGGACCCAGACCCCCAGUUUUUCCAGCUAUCUCUACUUCCUCUUCUGCCCCACACUCAUCUACAGGGAGACGUACCCCAGGACUCCCAGCAUCAGGUGGAACUAUGUGGCCAAGAACUUGGCGCAGGCCUUUGGCUGUGUGCUAUAUGCCUCCUUCAUCCUGAGCCACCUCUGUGUGCCCGUCUUUGCCAACAUGAGCCGUGAGCCCUUCAGUACCCGGAGCCUUGUGCUGUCCAUCCUGCACUCCACACUGCCAGGCAUCCUCAUACUGCUCCUCAUCUUCUUCGCCUUCCUCCACUGCUGGCUCAACGCCUUCGCUGAGAUGCUGCGAUUCGGAGACCGGAUGUUCUACCGGGACUGGUGGAACUCCACCUCCUUCUCCAACUACUACCGCACCUGGAACGUGGUGGUCCACGACUGGCUGUACAGCUAUGUGUACCAGGACGGGCUGUGGCUCCUGGGUGGCCGAGCGCGAAGCACAGCCAUGCUGGGUGUGUUCCUCAUCUCUGCCGUGGUCCAUGAGUACAUCUUCUGCUUCGUCCUGGGCUUCUUCUACCCUGUCAUGUUCACGCUCUUCCUUGUCACUGGAGUGUUGCUGUACUUCAUCAUGAGUGACCAGUACACAGGCCCAGCAUGGAACGUGCUGAUGUGGGCCAUGCUGACUCUGGGCCAGGGCGUCCAGGUCAGCUUGUACAGCCAGGAGUGGUACGCACAGCAGCGCUGUCCCCUGCUGCAGAGGAGCUUCUGGGAGCUGGUGACGCCACGAUCUUGGUCCUGCCGCGCAUAA